GGUUUCCACGCCCUUUCCAACCCCUUCUUCGCUAGAAUUCCAUAUUCUCUGUCGCUUUCUGCCUUUACACACCCUUUCGGUUUCUAUUCUCCGUGAACCCACUAUUCAACUUUCGAAUUAUCACUGAAAAACCCUCAGAAUUUCCAGGCAAGUUUCAUAUUGACUGUCCGUCGGUUACGGUUUGUUUUUGAAAAUUCAUUUCAACUUUUAAGGCGAUUUCGUGUUUGAUCUUGAGGCCCCCAAUGCAGCUGUAUCAUCACCCGUAUUCAAUCGAGAGCCAGAAAGUCAGGCUGGCUUUAGAAGAACGUAAUAUCGAUUACACUUCAUACCAUGUCAAUCCCGUUACAGGCAAAAACAUGGAUCCUUCGUUUUUCAGGAUGAAUCCAACCGCUAAACUUCCGGUUUUCCAAAAUGGUUCCCAUGUUAUCUUCAACACGAUAGAGAUUAUUCAGUACAUAGAGCGGAUUGCCCUUGUUUCUUCAGGAAGCGGAAUCAUAACACAAAGCAGCAAAAAAGUGAUUGAAUGGAUGUACAAAAUCCAAGAAUGGAACCCAAAGUUCUUCACCUUUUCCCACAUUCCCGAAAAAUACUACAUGUCCGUAUCAAAGUUCAUACGCCGCGUAAUAAUCGCCCGAAUGUCCGAAUCCCCCGACCUCGCAACCGCUUACCACACCAAACUCAAACAAGCCUACGAAACCGAAGAAAAACUACGGGACCCACAAGUCCUUCAGACCUCCACUCAGCAUCUAAUUCGCCUACUUGAUGACGUGGAAGCACAACUGGAACAAACUUUGUACUUAGCUGGGGACGAGUUCACAUUAGCCGAUGUCAUGUUGGUUCCUGUUUUGGCCAGGUUAGGGCUCUUGGGCUUGGAGAAUGAUUAUAUAAAUUGUAGGCCGAAGUUAGCAGAGUAUUGGAAAUUGGUUCAAGAGAGGCCGAGUUAUAAGAAGGUGAUUGGGAAGCAUUUUGGUGGGUGGAAGAGACAGAAAACGUUGUUCAAGACAUGGUGCAUUGUUCGUAUGAGAUGUUUGCUAAAACGGUAUUGAAUCAUCUAGUGCUUUUUCGUUAGUUUGUUUGAAAUGUCAGUUAAUAGUGUGUUUGGGUUUUUAACUUUAAGUGUGUAGUAGUUUGCUCUUUGAUGUAUGUAAUUUACUUAAAAGAAAAUUGUAAAUGUGCAGUACAAUGCAGGGUUUGUGAAUGCAUAGUACUGAAAGGUCUUUUGUAUUGUUUUUGGCAUACAUUGGACCAACAGUAUCAUGUCAGUAGGAUAAAAUGGUAAAUUUUUAUGCCAACUUGUGGAACAUGAUACGAAUCUCUCGAUCUCUUGUAUGUACAAAAGACGUAAAUGUCGUCAUCCUUAAUUAUUGCAAAAAUAAAAAGUUUGUUGUUUACCUUGUA